AUGUCAGCCAAGUAUUGGAUUAUAAGAGGCCGAGAGGAGAUCCGGGAUUGGAAGGCAAAGUGCGCAGCCUGUGAACGUAAGAAAACAAGAGUAGCAUCACAAUUGAUGGCCCCACUGCCGAGGACAAGAGUGAGCCCACCUAUGAGAGCCUUCUCAGUUACUUCCGUUGACUAUGCUGGACCGUUUCUCACCAAGCAAGGAAGAGGGAGAGUACAAACUAAAAGAUACUUGUGUCUAUUUACUUGCCAUGCCUCGAGAGCAGUACACUUGGAGAUGGCAUAUGCUUUAGACACCAACUCAUUUCUUAAUGCCUUCAACAGAUUCACUCACCGUAGAGGCGUCCCAGUAGAAGUAACUUCGGACAAUGGUACAAAUUUCGUUGGGGCUAACCGAGAAUUGAUGGAAUUGGUCACCCAGCUGGACCAAGUGAAGAUGACAAAAGAUGGAGCGACUCGAGGGAUAAAGUGGAGAUUUAAUCCACCCCAUGGACCACACUUUGGUGGAAUCCAUGAAAGUUUGGUGAAGAGUGCAAAGAAAGCUAUCUAUGCUGUACUUCAGAAAGCAGACAUAACGGACGAGGAGCUGAGCACGGCGUUCACCGGAGCUGAAGCCCUACUGAAUUUAAUACCGUUAUCCUACCAGUCAGCUGAUUCCAAGGAUGCUCCCCCUAUAACGCCUAACCACUGUCUAAUUGGUCAGUGUGGUGGGCAGUUUGCCCCAGGAUGGAUAGAUAGAUAG